GCUCAACAGUUCAUUCCUUAAUCACAAAGUUAUCCCCGAUACCAAAGCUAAUGAGGGAGUAAUACCAAAGGCUUCCAUCAUCUCCGAGACACUCUACCGGAAAAAGCUGCUCCGGUAAAUUGUCCUCAACUCCUCAACUUCCCUCCAAGCAAUGGCGGCCUCCUCGCUGCGCUCUUUCAUCUUCGUCUUCUUCCUCAUUCUCAUCAAACCAACGCCUUCUUCCUCUUCGAUUCCCUUACCAUUUUCUAACUACCAAAUCGUCCUCUCCCUCUCUCACUCACUCCUCGCCCGCAUUGCCAACCACCGCGCCGCGCGCGGCGAUGCCGUCGGCGCCGCCCGGGCGCGGUCCAUAGCCGGAGUCAUCGACAGAGGGCUUGCCAUGGGGUUGUGGAAGUUUACGUGGACUCUGGGGCGGGACUAUGCCCGGAAAUUCUCGUUGAGAGAUACGAUGUCGUUUGAGAUGGUCGGCGCCGUCUCGGACUUGAACGAGCUGGUCGGAGCUUUGGGAGAGUUGACGCAGGUUAGAUCGGAUGCGGAGAGGGCGGCGUGGGUGAAUCGGAAUUCCGGAAACGUCAUUAGAAUUGCUAAAUCUCUCUCCGGUAGAUUGCUUAAGACAAUCCGUCGAUCAGGUCCUUUGAGGGAUGUAAUGGAGACGGUCCAAAAGGAAAUAGUGGAGGGGGACUUAUUGAAGGACUGCCUGGAGGUGGGUGGCAACGAUUUCAAGGGUUUGAUCCAAAUUUUGAAGGAUCUUGCUUUGCAAUAUACCACCUCCACUCGAACUGAUUUAUGAUCACGUCUGUAAACUAUGUUAUUACUGUACCAAAUUUAAUGUUUCAUUACUUUCCAGUUCACCCCUUCAAAUGUAUUGUAAAAGUGAACUCCUUUCGGCUCAUAAAAUUUGACCUUUUUUUUUUGUUUUUU